AGAAAAUUGAGCUUGUUGGUAACAGUUACGUAGUGUUUGUUUUUUUUUUUUUAAUAUUUGUUUUUUAACUUUCAAAUAACUAUUUUUUAUGGAGUAUAUUUCAAUACAGGACGCCCUAGCAACUUGAGUCACCUGGUAAAAUGCCCAAAUGACUCAUAUAACCUUGCACUAAACUUCAGCCAAUUCACAUAAUAAAAGCACAUCUAUGUGCGAUUUGGUCAAUCGUCUCCCACAGUCCUCACAACUGGGGCCGUUUUACUGUAAACUGCUUGCAUUACAUUACUGUUCAUAUCUAUGACGAACGCAAACCAUUUAUAUAUUUACAUUGCUCAUACUCCAGACUUUGAACCACCCAGUGGUCCCAAACAAUGCUAAGAGCGGUAACUAAAAUCCAUUAACAGAACUGGUUCUAAAUCAAACAAAUUCCCAUAUAUAUCAAAUGAUCGUGAAAUUGUCAUUUUGGGAAACCUGGAAGCGUCACCGAUGGAAGAAGAAUUUCAACUUUUAUUCAACCCUACGCCACAAUCAAUUCUAUCAUCGUUACACCAACGUAGUUUCCAUGAACAUUGCUAUAACCCGGCAUGCCAAAUGCGGCCAACUUGUCAUUGCUCGAAACUUGUUCGACGAAUUGCGUGAAAGAACCGUUGUCUCAUGGAACACUAUGAUUUCUGGAUACUCCAAAUGGGGAAGAUUCAAUGAAGCCCUCUCUCUAGUUUCUGCUAUGCACCGUACCGACAUGAAGCUCAACGAGACAUCUUUUUCUUCGGUGUUGAGUGUUUGUGCUCGUUUGGGUUCGUUACGUGAUGGUAAACAAGUUCAUGGUCUUGUUUUGAAGUCUGGAUCGGAGUUUUUCAAGCUCGUAGGGAGUGCUUUGUUGUAUUUUUAUGCGAGUUGCUUUGAAAUUGGAGAAGCAAGGCGGGUGUUUGGUGUCCUGCACGAAAGCAAUGAGUUGUUGUGGAAUUUAAUGCUUGUGGGUUAUGUUCAAUGCAACUUAACAAAUGAUGCGUUGGAUUUGUUUUAUAAAAUGCCAACACGAGAUGUUGUUGGAUGGACUACAAUGAUUUCAGGUUAUUCAAAGAGCGAGAAUGAUUACAAGAAGGCUUUGGACUUGUUUUGGUCGAUGAGAGAGAUGGGUGAGGUAGCACCAAAUGAGUUCACGUUGGAUUGUGUUCUCAGAGCUUGUGGUGGACUGGGUGAUUUGCAAAAAGGGUGCGUUGUCCAUGGGCUUUUGAUAAGAUAUGGGCUUGAAUUUGAACACUCAAUUGGCGGUGCACUAAUUGAUUUUUAUUGUAAUUGCGAAGCCAUGGAUGAUGCCAAGAGAAUUUAUGAUGGACUCGUUAAACCAAGCUUAAAUGCAUCAAAUUCGCUAAUUAAAGGGUUUUUAUUGAUGAGUAAGGUUGAUGAUGCAGAGGGAAUUUUUGAUGCACUCGUAGAGAAAAACCAGGUCUCAUACAAUUUGAUGAUCAAAGGGUAUGCAGUAAAUGGCCGAGUCAGUGAUUCAGAAAGGUUGUUUCUAGAAAUGCCACAAAGGACAAUAGCAUCCUCAAAUACUAUGAUUUCAGUGUAUUCCAGGAAUGGUGAGAUUGAUAAAGCUUUGGAACUUUUUGAAGAAACGAAGGGGGAAAGAAAUCCUGUGACAUGGAAUUCAAUGAUCUCAGGUCAUAUUCAAGUUGCUCAACAUGAACAGGCAUUGAGAUUAUAUGUGACCAUGCGAAGGUUAUCAAUAAGUCAAACUAGAUCAACUUUCUCUGCUCUAUUUCACGCAUGUUCAUGCCUUGGAUCUCUUCAACAGGGACAAUUACUGCAUGCUCAUUUAAUUAAAACGCCAUUUGAAUCUAAUGUUUUUGUCGGAACAGCCCUUGUAGAUAUGUACUCCAAAUGUGGGAACUUCAGCGAUGCUCAAAAAUCAUUCAUUAACAUCUCUUCUCCAAAUGUGGCAGCUUGGACAGCUCUGAUUAAUGGGUGUGCACAUCAUGGGCUUUACUCCGAGACAGUCUUACUCUUCAACCAUAUGUUAGAGCAAGGAGUAGAUCCAAAUGCAGCAACUUUUGUUGGAGUCUUGUCUGCUUGCGUUCGUGCUGGUUUGGUCACUGAGGGGAUGAGAUAUUUCCGCUUGAUGGAAAAAUGUUAUAAUGUAACCCCAACCUUAGAACACUAUACAUCUGUGGUGGACCUUCUUGGUCGAUCAGGCCACCUACAAGAAGCCGAGGAUCUUAUUAAAGAGAUGCCAAUUGAAGCAGAUAUGGUGGUAUGGGGGGCAUUGCUCAAUGCUUGUUGGUUGUGGAUGGACAUGGAAAUGAGUGAGCGAGUGGCUGAGAAGAUGUUCAAUUUGGAACCCCAGCCUGUUACUGCUUAUGUUAUCAUGUCUAACAUAUAUGCAAGAUUGGGAAGGUGGGAAGAUAAGAUGAAGGUUAGGAAGAGAUUGAGGGGCUUGGAAGUGAAGAAGGAUCCAGGUUGCAGUUGGAUUGAGCUAAAUAACAGAGUUCAUGUGUUCUCUAUAGGGGAUAGAACCCAUCCACAUAGCAAUGUAAUUUUUACAACUUUGGAGCAUCUAACAACAAAUGUAAACUCUAGUAUUCAGUUUGAUUGUGUUUCUAUAGAGAGGUGGUUAUAUUCAGAGGGCAACAUUCUCUUAUAGAUGAAUCUUGUAGAUGAAAUUUUUUUAACUAUAAGAUCUAGAUCCCAAUUUUGGAGAACUAACAAAAGAUCAUUGUGUGACUUAGAAAUCACUUAAUAUACGAAGGGCAUCAAAGGUUCAUCUCCUUCUCUGUAUUUCUUCAUCUCAUAUGCCUCUUUGGUUUCUAUGUUGUAGUUUCAUUGGGUCAGUUUGAUGUCUCCAUGAUCCAAGCACUUCAAUGCUGUUCUUUUUUCUUUUCUUUUUCUUUUUCUUUUUAUGCCAAACUUCUUUUUGACCUUUAAUUUAUUUCUUUUUUCUACUGUUCUUGGAAAAUCUCAUUGUUCUGUACGGAGCACAUUUGUCUACUGAAUGUAUGGGUGUAGAAAGUGUGCCAACAAACUUAGAAGAAGUGCAAUGAUGCACUUAUAAAAUUACUUUUGAUGUUAAAAUGGAAGUACUAGAAUGUCCCUUUUCAUGGAGAAUUUUUUUCUGUUCUUUUGAAGUUUUGCACAGGUUUGUAUUUCUUUCCCCGUGGACUGUUGAUAUGAAUUUUGAGUUUAGUUUUUUUUAUUUAUUUUUUAAAUGUUGUGAAGUGAUGCCUGUGUUUUAAUAUUAUUAUUAUUAUUUUUAUCUUGGAUUAGUGGAAUACAAUGGAAUGAUGCAGCAACUUGACUAAUAUUCCCUUUUAGUUGUCCUUUUUACUUUUUGUUCCAAAUUGAUUCAAAUGCUUGGACAAUCUAUGUGGAGUGACUUGAUUCAGUUUUUAGAAAUUUAGAGAACUCUGACACAGCUAAAUGUUCAAUAACAAAGCCGUUAGAAGGUAAU